AGAGAUAGACAGAGACAAAGAGAGAGGCUGGGAGUAAGUGUAUGUGUCAAUGUAUCAAUGUGUCUUUAUAUGUGUUUUUUUCCGGUCGUCUGCCGCACAUAAUAUUAUUGACUGAUGUUUGCGGCCAGACCGCAUCACUUAGUUUCGUUUUGAUAUAAACAAUCAACAUGUGAAUGAAUAGAAGAAUAUCAAAUCAGCAAAGUUAACAAGAAAGUGAUAAAAAGACUGAAUAAUUUCAGUUUCAUUCUUAGUUGAAGAAAGUCAUUUUGUUCAGUAUUUAUUUGGCAAAUUAUUUCGACAAGAACAAAACAUGUCAGGAGAAUCGGUGAAAGUUGCGGUACGUGUCCGCCCAUUCAACCAACGGGAGCUGGACCGUCAAGCAAAACUCGUCAUUAAAAUGGAUGGACAACAAACAUCUAUAAUUAAUCCAGACAACACAGGUGAAACACCCAAAUGUUUUUGUUUUGAUUAUUCUUAUUGGUCACAUGAUGGCUUUUCUGAAGAUGAAAAGGGCAUUUUACAAGCUACUAAUGGUUCCAGAUAUUCCAGUCAACAGCUUGUGUUUAAUGAUCUUGGUAAAUCACUACUAAAUAAUGCCUAUGAAGGUUACAACUGUUCCCUUUUUGCAUAUGGACAAACUGGAUCAGGAAAAUCUUACUCCAUGAUUGGAUAUGGCCCAAACAAAGGAAUUGUCCCAACAGCCUGUGAUGAAUUAUUCAAAACUAUUUCAAGCAAUGAAGACAAAGAUUUGAGGUACGAAGUGUCUUUCUCAAUGAUGGAGAUAUACAAUGAACAGGUGCGAGAUCUGUUGAAAAGGGAUUGUCCUAAAGGCGGCCUACAAGUUAGACAGCAUCCAAAAUUGGGCAUGUUUUAUGUUGAAGAUUUACAGAAGGUUCCAGUUAGAAGUUAUUUAGAGAUUCAGAAGAGAAUGGAACAAGGUACAGCUAAUCGUACAGUUGCUUCCACAAACAUGAAUGCUACCAGUUCAAGAGCCCACACUGUGGUCACUAUCAUAUUCGACCAGAUCAAGAAAUCAGAGAAUAACACAGAAACACGCAAAACAAGUGAAAUAAAUCUCGUUGACUUAGCAGGUUCUGAACGAGCAGACAGUACUGGCGCAACAGGUGAUCGGUUGCGUGAAGGUGCCAAUAUUAACAGGUCUCUAUCUGUUCUUGGAAACGUUAUAUCAGCUUUGGCAGAACAAGCAUCUGGCAAGAAGAAAGUUGUAGUUCCAUAUAGGGAAUCAGUCCUUACCAAACUAUUAAAAAAUGCUUUGGGUGGCAACAGUCGAACUGUGAUGAUAGCUGCUCUGUCGCCUGCCGACAUCAAUUAUGAUGAGACCCUCUCUACACUCCGUUAUGCUGAUCGAGCAAAGCAGAUAAAGAAUAAGGCUGUGGUUAACGAGAACCCAAUUGAUAAACUAAUACGUGAACUUAAGGAAGAGAAUGAACGAUUAAAGAAAUACCUAGAAAGAAAUGGUCUAAAUAAUUCACAAGAUGAUGAAGAACUGAGGAAGGAGUUGGACAGUUUACAGACACAGCUCACUGCAAACCAAAGACUGCUGGCCGAAUCAACACAGACUUGGGAAGAAAAGCUUGCUACAGCUCAGUUGAUGGACAAUGAAUCAAUUCACGGAGAUUUACAAAGACAAUCCACUCAGCAUCAUCUAGUAAACCUUAAUGAAGAUCCUCUUUUAUCUAAAGUCAUCUUCCACUACCUUCCUGAGGGUAAAAUCACCAUCGGAUCAAAACUGGCAAAUCCACGUCCUAAGAUCUGCUUAAAUGGGUUAAGUAUUCAGAAACACCAUGCAUAUAUUGAGAAUGUGGAACGUAAAAUUUCUAUAGAACCAGCUUCUCAUAAUGCCAAGACCAAAAUUAAUGGAUUACCUCUCAUGAAAAAACAAACAUUGAAUCACAUGGACAGGAUACUUUUUGGUUCAAACCACUUAUAUCUCUUUGUGAACCCUUUUGUCGUGGACCAAGAUCCUAAUUUACCAAAGGAUAUUUCAUGGGAAUAUGCACAGAAAGAAAUAGUCAUGGCCUCAGGGUUUGCAGAUGCUAUGUUAAGUGGACUUACAAAAGACCAACAAAUCACUCAGGAACAUGUCUUGGAGAUUCUGCCAAUGGUAUCAGAAGUGAAUGCUAUGUCUGAUGAACUUAACAAAUACAAAUUAUUUGAAGUGAUCCUAAUGUCAUCUGCUGCCCAACAGGGACGUGGAGACAAUGAAAAAAAUAUUGAUGUAAUGGUAAAAAUGACGGAUUUGUUGACAGAGAACGUGUGGUUCUGGGAACGUGGUCGUUUCAUGAAUCGCAGGUAUUUAAUGCAGGAACUCUACCAGGAUUAUGAAGACGGGGAAGAUGUGUCAAAGAUUCCACAGAAAGACGAUCCAUUUUGGGAGGCCCCAGAAGGGGAAUUAGUCGGAACUGCUAAUAUUUUCCUCCAGUCUUUAGCAUACAACUUGGAGUUUGAAGAUUGUAUAUUAGUGUCUGAUUACAAAGGAGAAGAAGAAGGUUCAAUUACUGUCAAUGUUGCUCCAUGUACUUCCACUGGAAUCGUUUUGAAAGAGGAAACCUUUGUUGAAGAUCCAAGGGCCCUGCUAGGUGAACCAUUUUACUUCAAGGUAACCGUUAAGGAUGCUAGUGUUUACAAAAAGCGGUUCAUGAAAGGCCUAAAAGUAUCCUAUCGCCUGAAUCCUAAAUCUGUAUUUACCGAUACAGAGAUGGUGAAAGGAAUGCUAAACCCAGUCUUUAACCAUUCCAAAGUAUUUACAUUUGAUCCACUGACGGCUGAACAUAUAGCUUUCUUUGAGGCUGGUUCCAUAACAUUUUGGUUGUACGCAGCACAAGAUGACACCACAGAAUUAAAAGACACCCAAAUGACAACUCAGGAGUUAAAGAAAGCAAAAUCAAAAGAUAUGUUGAAACGAAAAAACAGUUCAAUCACAGUUAAUAACCAACAACAGCAUUUAAAGACAGAACUUCUCCUUCUUCAGAAAAAGAAUGAACGGCUGGCACAGAAAGAAAGACGAAUACAGCAAAUUUGCCUGGAAUGGUCCCAAAAGCCAGAAGAGGAACAACAAUUCAUUCAGUUUUGGCAGUCCGUUUCUGCUGUGGCCAAGAGUACUGGAACCAAAUUUAGAACAAAUCUUUCAUCAAAUGAGGAUGGCAAUGUAGAAACGUCGGCAUUGGGAGAUAAAAAUGAAAUCAUCAGUCUGUAUGUGUUCGGAGAAGAUGAAGAAGAACUAGCGUCGGAACUGGGAAAUGGCAACGGGUUGAUUGAUUAUUGUAAAGUAGCACAUCUUUGCUACGAUGAUAAAAUGAAACCAAAGACAGAGUUAUCAGAACAAUAUGAUGCUCUUAGCAAAAAGUUUGGUGACAAAAUACAGAACAGCGUCUCAUGUGUGAUCUGCUAAACUUUCGCCACACAGCCACAUCAUCAGAUUGGACAUCAACUCAAAAUUAUCGACGAUAUCCAUGAUCCAUCCAUCCUAACUCUCUACCCACUGGUAAAGAUGGUACAACUCAGCUUUACAUUCUCUCUUCCUUACAGACAAUAUACUUCAACUUUCCACCUGUGUUACACAUGCUGGAAUACAAAUGGUUAUAGUAUGACUUUCUGAAGUUACAACUUAGCUUUUCACUACUUGUAACAACAGAUAGCACAGAUCGUUUUUUUCAGUAUUUGCUAUAGAGAUACAUGAUAUUCUACCAUAUGUAGCAGAUGGAAUAACUUGACUUUCCACUCUGUAGUAACAUUACACCAUAGAAUAUGACAUCUUUUCUGAAUUACAACAAAAUAUUCUUGUACAUAUGAAUACACCUACAACUAUUAUCAAUGAGACAAUAAACUUGGUAAAAAUUGUCAUUUUUAUCAAAGUUAUCAAUCAGACGAUAAAGAUGGUAAAAAUUAAACAUUUUCUAACUAAAAUUGGUAGAAAUUCAUCAUAUCUCCCAGCCCUGCAAUUGCAAACAUUGUAACUAGCCAGUAAACAUUACACAGAGUAACUUGUUUUUUAUUUUUAAAAAAUUACGACCAUGCCGAUAACCUUAAUAAACCAUUAUAAAAUAACUCAAAUUCA